ACACCUGUCUGAUGUACACGGCUUUCACUCAGGAACCGUCAUUAAAUUACCACAGAAAAUCACAGUAAACAUUUAAGAUGUGUUCAGUAUUUUAUUGUGUCCUCUGUAGUAUAUUAAUAACUUUAUGGGAAAGUUAGCAUUUUUCAGCUUCCAUGACACGUGACCCAAUGACUCCAAAUUCACACCAGAAAUUAUCACUUCACUAAAAGUAAAGGCGCAGAUAAAUGAUCAGAAAUGAGUUUUUGAAAAUAUGUUUCUGAUGUUUGUAGAUUACAUACACGGUUUAGACGCUGUAGUCCCACAUUCUACAGACUCUAUUAACGUCAGUGGGUUGGUGAUGUCAGUGUAAGAUGCAGGUGAAGUAAACACAAAUUUCUAUUUAAAAUCAGCUUGUAACCAAUUCUACAUUUCACACAGAUGAAGAGGAAAACCUCUGAACAUUAGUUUAAGGUGACGCUGCUCCGUUACUCCACCCAUCCUGUCCUCCAUUCACUACACUCAGAUUUACCUGUGAGCCAUGUCUGCUAAAGGGAUUAUCUCUGAUUAUACACUUUCCUGUAGUGAUUUGAGUUGGGACGCACUCGUUACCUUGAAGAAGCCUGUGGAUGCUGUCACCACUGUCCCUCCUCAGUUCACAUUUCAGGGACACAGUGGACAUCCAGUCCGGGCUGAAUAAGGAUCUGGACUUGUACUCCUAAUUGACCUCUCCUCCUCUUUCCCUGAAGUCCGUGUUAUCUGUCUGGCAGCCUGUCUGUGCACGUAGGAACUCAACACGUACAGUUUGUGUUGCUCAGAUUUAUUUAGGGGAAGUUUUGUUCUUCUACAGCAACAACCUGCUUCACUUUCUUACAGAUGAGAGAUGAGCAUGAAAUCAUCUGCUGCCCUCACAGAGAGCAGUCUGAGGUAAAGUGCAGAGCAUCUUGACUCUGGAUGUGGAAAAAGCAGAUAAAAAUCUUUUGGUGGCACAGGAUUCAGAUCGGAGCCUGCUCCUCCACCUCCUCCACCCUUUUGGCUCCCUUCACCCCACAAUCCUUCACUCCUGAUCCUCCAUCCACAGUCCUAUCCCCUGUGUGGUUGAGCCUCCAGAUCACUGCUCCCUAGAUAAACUCUAAGUCUGUAUCUAUCUCUUUAGAUUGUCUGAUUAGUACUACGUCACAGAAAGGGGAAGUAAUCCCAGUCUGGGCCCAGGAAUAGAGUCCAGGGAGGAGCCAGGCCACCGGAGAGACGCUGCAGAGCCGCGGAGCAUGUGUCCCUGGGUAAUCCCUUCUUAAAUAGCCCUGUGGGGCAGGGAGAGAGGGAGGGAGGGCGCUGGGUCAGGGGACGUUACGGCGUGGCAGCGGCAGCAGUCAGUGUCCUGUCAUCCCUCGGACACAGCACAGCGGCUGGAGCAGGAGAGGGAUUCAGACACAGACACUCGUCGGACUGUAGGAGCCGGCGCUGCCGCCACGAUGAACUUUGCCGCCCAGUUGUUCUACUCCAGCUACUUGAGCGAGCGACUCGAGCGUUUGUACUCACCCAGACCUGCGCUUAAAGACAGCGAGGAGAAUGACCCCUUCUGGCAGAGAGAGGAGCUGCAGCUGGGUCCCAGUCAUCCCGGCUCCUCCUACAAAUGUGGCCCCGUCAGUAACGGCACCGCGGGCCGCAGACCCACGCUCAUCGAACCUGAGCGGCUGAAGGACUUUGGCGAGGAGGAGCUUCUCAACGGGGACGUGAGGGUCCACAACACCAAGGUGACGGGGGUCCCAGAGAUCAUGCUCAUGGAGCCGCCUAAAACCAGGAGAGUCAGCGAGUUCAGGAUCGUCCCCAGACCUCCGGUCCAGUACCUCCGCUUCGAGGACAUCAGCGCUGCAGCCUUCAGGAUCCAGACCGGGAUCCAGAAGACGCCCUGCACGUACUCCAGACUGUCCAAACAGUACGGGAUGGAGAUCUACCUGAAGAAGGAACACCUGCACUACACAGGCUCUGUGAAGGAGAGAGGAGCUCUGUACCUGCUCGCCUCCCUCACACAGGAGCAGCAGAGGAAGGGCGUGAUCGUGGCCACCGACUGUAACUUCUCCAUGGCCGUGGCUCACCACGCUGUGGAGCUGAAGAUCCCCGUGUUCGUCAUCAUGCCGUCGUGCUGCUCCUCGCCUCGCCUCCGGAUCUACAGAGACUACGGCGCCAUGGUCAUCUCCUACGGCAGCACCGGCCACGACUCCCAGAACCACGCACGCCACCUGGCCAAGGAGAACGGAUACCUGUACCUGGAAGAAGAUGAAAGUGCGACGUACCUGGCGGGACUCGGCACCGUGGGCAUGGAGAUCUACGAGCAGGUGUCCAAACUGGACGCGGUGGUCGUCCCCGCGGCUGGACAGUACGGUCUGCUGGCCGGGACCGCCGCCGCCAUCAAACACCUCAACUCACAGAUUGUUGUCAUAGGGGUUGAACCAGAAGGUUUCCCUCUGCUGCUCCAGUCCCUGAAAACAGACAGUCCAGUCAAAGACAUGCACAGUAACCCCAACAGGAAACUGUACGGAGAUCUGAUGGAGCGCUCUCUGGGCAUCAACACCUUCCAGCUGGUGAAGAAGCUGGUGGAUAGAGUCAUCUCCGUCAGUGAGGAGGACGCUCUGGUGGCGAUGCUCAGGUUUCAGGAGUUUGAACGCUCCACCGUCGACACAGAAGGAGCCAUGGGACUGGCGGCCAUCUUAGCCGGACAGCUGCCAGAGCUGAGAGGCAAAAAGGUCGCUGUCGUGGUGAGCAGCGCCAACAUGGAGCUGGAGCUGGUGCGGCAGUGCAUGGACCGGGCCCUGGUGCUGGACGACCGGGUCAGUAAGUUCUCUGUGCAGCUGGGAGAGUGGCCGGGAGACAUGGCCAAGCUGCUGGACGUCCUGUCCAGAGAGGACGUCAGGUUGUUGGACGUCUGCCAUCGGAGACACGGCGACAAGUCAGACCUCUUCAAGGCAAAGGUGGAGUGUGUGGUGGAGACCAGGGAUAAGACACAGAGCGCUCAGUUGCGCAGGACUCUGACUGAGCGCUACCCGUCGCUGUGCUGGCUGGACCGGUGAUCACGACGACGACAUAAACACAAACUUAUAUUUAAACCAUAGAAGAAGAAAGAGGAGACGACUCGCAGACACACAGUAACACACAGUAACACACACACCUGAAACUCAUUAAAGAAAAUGGCUGUUCAGCAACGUGAUGCAAAAAGCCUUGAGAUUAUAGAGCAGAGAUUAUUCCUGCUGUUUAACCACAGCUCCCUGUAAUGAGAGGAAAUGUAGAACAUAGUUCUUCUGUUCAUCACAGCAGCAGAGAUUCAUUUUUCAAUCCACACUGUUUUUAACCUGUUGUAUAUAUUUGUGUAUUUCUACCGUCCUCAGGUGGUAGAGUCAGUCCGUGUUAAUCUGAAAUAAAACUGGACAAACUCUG